CAAAAGUCCUGCCCACAACUGGCAAAUAUUAACUAAGUUAAAGACUUUGUUUGGUGAGUUUCUUCAUCUCUUAGAGUGAGCAGACUAACAGAUUGGGAAAAAUGAGAUCAAUUCUUGUUGUUUUUUGUGUUUGGAUAUGCUUUAGCGUUGAUGCAUCGACACCGAAUGCAGAUUGCUCUAAGAUCCCAGAGGUGGAGAAUGCAGAAGUUUCUCAAAGCUCAAGGAAGGACAACUACACUGAUGGUGAUAAACUUGAAUACAACUGCAAACCUGGCUAUGCAUCUCCGCUAAAAAUCACCUACAAUUGCACGGAUAAUAAAUGGACUAAAUUGCGUGGUGGAAAUUGUUCACUCAAACGCUGUGAGCUGCCUGAAGAUAUUCCAAAUGGUCGAUACACUAUUGUCAGUGGUAGUGCCUUUGUUUUUGGAACAACCAUCAAGUACAUCUGCAAUGAUGACUACCAGAUGAUGAGUCGAUUUGACACCAGAACAUGUCAGGAGGGUGGAUGGGACAAUCAAUUACCUGCAUGUGAAGAGAUAUCGUGUGUCGCAGACAGCACAGAGGAAAACGUCAGAGUCGAGGGGCUCCCUGAAAAUGAUGGUUUAAUCAGAUAUGGACACAGGUUGACAUUUUCAUGUAGUGAUUAUGGAUGGAUUUUACAAGGACCAAAAGAAAUCACCUGCCAGUCGAAUGGGCAGUGGAGCGGCCCAUUUCCUAAAUGUGUAGGGGCAACGUGUCCUCUAAACACAGCAGUGGGAGACUUAAAAAUGGAGCGAUUCCCUGAUAUUGAGGGUCCUGUCAAACCUAGACACAAGUUAAUAUUUUCAUGCAAUACAGAAGGGCUGAAAUUAAAAGGACAGAGAGAAAUCACCUGUCAGUCAAAUGGAGAAUGGAACAGCCCUUUUCCUAAAUGUGAAGAGGUAAUGUGUGUUGCAAAGCUGACAGUGAGCAUGAGAUCAGACAGACACCCGGUGCCUGAGGUUUCAGUCAGACCUGGACACACAAUAACUCUUUCAUGUGUUGGGAGGGGAGUGAAACUACAAGGACAUAGCAAAAUCACCUGCUUGUCAGAUGGACAAUGGGGCAACCCAUUCCCUAAAUGUAUAGGAGGGAAAUGUGGGCCACCACCAAAGGUGAACUUUGCAGAUACAACAGAAAUAACAAAAAAGGAAUAUGAUUCAGGGGAGAAAGUUGAAUACAGCUGCUUUAAUAAAUACACACUGGUUCAGAGUCACCCCUACUCCAAAUACUUGACCUGUGAACAUGGAGAAUGGAGAGGGAAUAUUAAGUGCUUAAAGCCCUGUUCAGUGACGGUGGAGGAAAUGGACGAAAGAGGUAUACAGCUGCGAUGGCGUGGACGGGAAAAGAUAUUCUCACCACAUGGGGAUAGAAUCAUCUUUAGUUGUAAGAGAGGCAAACAUUCAACAGGCAGUGACCUAAUACAAACAUGUAAUGAUGGAGAGAUGACUUUGCCCCUGUGUGAGUGACAGUGAAUAAAACAUCACUGAAGCAUCAGCUGUACUACUAAGCAAAAAGAAAUGAAGCCGAUCAAAAUUAAUCUUUUUUCCCAAUUCAGUUUCAUCUGUUCAUGAUUUCCUGCAAUAAAAAUACCAAAUGUAGCAUGUUUAAGAUGUGCAUGUAUGAAAAUAUUAUCCUAACCCUUUUAACCCUACAUUUUUUUGCUAGAUACCUUUUUUGCUAGAUAAGUCAUUGCAUGUAUUUUACUCAUGAAACAACCCAAAUAAAACUUUUAUAACAUUUAUAA